GUGAAAGUGGUAGGAGGUGGACGCUGCGGUUGUGUGUUGUUUGCCGGAACUUUUUUAAUUCGGCGUUAGAUUUCAAGUAUUUUCUUUACUGUCAUACCUGUACCUAUGUAUCUGGGUAUUUGAUAAAUGCACUGCAGUGAGGAAUUUCAGGUAACUAGAUCAUCUGGUCACUGGUGCGACCGGCGUGGAAACAAAAAAGUGGCCUUCAAAGUCAAAAGUGUGUGAAACACAAACAACAAUAUCGGUGAAUCAUCUUAUGCCUGUGUUGUGUUGGUUGUGCCAGGCAGCCAGGGACAUAUAAACUAGCUGUGUUAGAGUAAAAAAAGUUAUUUCUUGAAGGUCUACCUAUUUAAUUUGAAAGUUCUGAUUGAAGCUCAGUGAGAAGUGUCGAGCAUUGACGAAAAACAACAAGAAAGAAAAAGAAUAAUGAAGACCAGUUACAGGAUAAAGGGGUCAAUUUUUGCCACAUUUUUUGUGUGCUGCAUAAUCAUUGUUCUCCUUAGCUCGUCAUUAGCUACAGACCACUGGAUCAGUGCAUCAGCCAGGAGAAAUAUUUCAAAUCCUACAAGUGGAAGCAUCGUGUUUGGCCUGUUCAACGGCAAGAAAAUUCUCAAUUCUGGAUUAGGAGACAGAACAACAGUAUUUAAAUUGGUCUGUCAGAAAAACGAGAGCCUCUGCAUGUACAGCUGCGGUAAGACCGCCGAGGACCGCACUGACGACAUCGUGGACCUGCUGUACAACAACGGCGGCUCCUUCAAGCCCGGCAUAAGCUGCGACACCAAGACACUGAGCACGUCCCGGCCGGCGGCGUCCGGCGGCGGCGGCCUGCUCUUCAGCGUCAGCCGCAGCCUGGCGCUGCUGCCCGAGCAGAUCGUCUCCUCCGUGGCGGAUGUGCCACAGUCGGAGCCCGAGUUCAUGAGCUAUGGCCUGUGGCUGUCGACGAUCGUCAUGCUAGGCGCCGCCAUCGCCUUCACCCUCGUGGCCGCCAUGUUUGCCAUUCUCAACACGGCCACCACCCCUGUGGAGACCAUCUUCGGCGUGAUCGGACUCUACGUGUGGAACGCCAUUGCCAUGGUGUUUGAGCUGCUGGCUCUAUCGCUCUGGGGCGCUCAGUUCCACCAGCAUCUGCAGCACUCGGUACUGUGGAGAGACGAGCUGACACAGCAGUGGACCACCGACGGCAUGGCCAACCUCGGAUAUUCCUACUGGCUGGUGUUUGUCGCCAUGUUCCUGCAUGCCGUCAACAUGGGCGUGCUCUGGUUCGGCACGCACCAGAGGAAGCCCAAGACGGUGCAGGUGCCGGUCGACCGCGGCGCCAACAACACCAACAUCAUCUACUAGACGACGCUACCAAGUCGUCCGUCCGCCUGUCUGUCUGUUCGGCUGCCGGCCGGUGCCGGGCUCCGCGCUGGUUACGGAGACUGCCGCCAGGGGCUCCUACCGUCACCGACGUUAGGAGUGGCAAUGUGGUGAAGUGAAUGGGAAACCGUUGUCCAUCCGUCCUCUGUUUGUCCGUCCUCAUGUGUGAGUGUCGACUCGUCCAUUCAUGUUUCAAUACAUAUCGUGUGUGUGAGCGUGAUGAUGCUGGUAUUUGGAUUAUUAUGAGAUGAUUGUUGAAGCGUUUCGGCGGACCCUUUUUGUCCGUGAGAUAUCCAGUAAGUGCUCGCCGUGCUACGGCGAUGUUUCAUAUCAAUUAGUGACGAUCUUUGCUAUCGAUUUCUGCUCUGUGACAUGCAGCCAUGAGUGUUGAUCGUGAUGAGAUAAUCAAAGAGGUGUGUGUAGAGCUAGUGAGGACUCGGACUCUUGGGUUGUGAUUAAUUUCCUCGAUGUAUUUCUUGUCUAAGUUGGACAUGUCUUGGCCACUGCGAUUAGACACCUUGAGUUAGGUCGAAUGACUUUGCCGUCUGUGCUUUUUGGAACGUGUUGUGAGACUCCGCUAUUGUGAUUUGUAUCAAUCCAUGUCAUUGCUCGUCAGGGCUCAUCUUUUUAUACGAGUGCUCCUUUUAUUUAUCUGCGAUCAGACGAUGCCAAAAGUUCCUACUCUUGGUAGUACCUUUUUUACCGUCUGAUGAAAUUAGUACGGUAACACAAUCGACUGUGUAGGCAUCAUUGGCUCACGUCCCUCCCUGAUCUGCUUGCUAUAAGACGCUUGCAUGAUGUCCUCGGUAUAUACACAUUCCAGAAGAUAGAUGACUCAUUUUAUUUAGUGACGAACUGAGUGAGAAAUUGUCGAGUGGAUGCUCUCUGCUGUUGUUCCAAUGGCGACACGAUACGUUGACCGACCGAUCGUAAGAUUCUUCCGUUCAUUGCGCAUUAUUUCGGUAAAAUCGCACUGCAUGUACUCGCUAUGAUUGUGUGUAAAUAUAAUGUAUUUCUCGGCAAUGUAUUGCAAAACGCUUUCGGCAGCUACAUUGGUUAGCUAUCACGUCUCUAAUGGUGAUACACGUGCCUGAGCCUUUCAUGCCUAACUUUUCGCUCGAUCAUGGAUAUAACUACCUACUUUGCCCGCUUUAGUGUCCGGUGCACGAACCGCCCUAUAUCAGCGCCUGAUAUCGCAUUAUCUGACAUUUGACCGUCUCUGAUGAAUAAAGUGGCGUUCUAGUG